CUCAAACUUAACGACCCAAGUGGGUUUUUUUGUUUGUUUGUAUGUUUUGUUUUGUCUUUUAAACAGAAAUCGCCACUCAGACCUGCUUUUGGCUUAAAGGACGAGAGGAAAGUCAGGCAGAUAGGGCGGCUGAAAAAUCUGUGACGUAUGAAUGGGGCCAUGCGCAAACCUUGUGUGACGUCGCUGAGGCCAGUAGAGAAAAACAGCCACUUCUGUCUAAGCCGCCAUUAGAGGACCUGCGUCGGGGCCUUGGGGCAGAGGUAGGUAGGCCAGCUCACCUGAAGAUCUCACCGCAGCCAUGAGCAAUAAGGAAUGCUUCAAGUGUGGACGCUCUGGCCACUGGGCCCGGGGAUGCCCUAAGGGAGGAGGAGCUCGAGGGCGCGGAAGUAGAGGCCGUGGCCGAGGGCCUCAUUGCAGUUCCACCACCCUACCUGUCAUCUGUUACCGCUGCGGUGAGCCUGGUCAUCAUGCUAAGAACUGUGACCUUCAGGAGGACAUCUGCUACAACUGUGGGAAAAGUGGCCACAUCGCCAAAGACUGUAUGGAGCCUAAGCGAGAGAGAGACCAGUGCUGUUACACCUGUGGCCGACCAGGCCAUCUGGCGCGUGACUGUGACCGUCAGGAAGAGCAGAAGUGCUACUCUUGCGGCGAACGUGGCCACAUUCAGAAAGACUGCACCCAAGUCAGGUGUUACCGUUGUGGUGAGACCGGCCAUGUGGCCAUCAACUGCAGCAAGCCAAGCGAAGUCAACUGCUACCGCUGUGGCCAAUCGGGCCAUCUAGCCCGGGAAUGCCCCAUUGAAACUACCACUUAAUUUUUCCCUUUGUCCCUCCCACCUCCUUUUGCUGAUUGAUAAUUGUAGUAUUUUCUCUGAAACUUCUUCUCUGACCAAAGGUUGAUGGACUGAGGCAACUAAAGACCAGUGAACUUCAAUUACCAUGUUAAAAGAGGAAAGGACUGGGAAAAAACAAAAAAAGUUACUCACUUGUAGAUGUUUUAUAAUUAAUGUGUUUCUGCACCACUGACGAAUCUGAUCAUUGAACAUCCUGAACAUGAGGCAAUUUCUAGAUUCUUUGGAUGUAUUUUGAUUUAACAUUUAAUUAAGAGCUACCGUGUACCAGCCACUGUUGGAGGAGCUAGAGAUAUAUCAGUGAACAAAUUAAACCAAGUUUGCAAACACAGGCCUAGAAUCUAACAAGUAAUAUAUAUAGUGUGUCAGAUGAAGAUAAAUUGCUAUAGAGAAAAAAAGAAUACCAGGUAAAAGGAUAGAGAGUGUGUAUGGGGGAGGGGGAACAUAUGUUUCUGUCUUAGGUACACAAGGCACCCUGAGGAGGUGACAUUUCCUCAGAGAUUCAUUGCAGAAAUAAAACUGAUUCUAGAAAUGUGUAUGACCCUGCCAAAGUAACUUUUAACUGUAUUGUAUAGUGAUUGCUUCGAUUUAUUUGACCUCAUUAGCUUUGAAAUAACAUUGGAAGAUACCCCUAUCUGGUCCUACAUAGAGUGUAUAGUAGUUAUGUUGUGAGCCACAUGGGAAGUCCCAUAGAGUUUAUAGUACAAUGAAAAGAAACCAUUGCAUGUAUAGUAUGUGUGUAAGCAGCUUUGAGAAAGAGCAAUGAGAAAACAAACAAACAAAAAAUCUUAGCAGCAAAUUAUGGACAUGUAGAUAUUGGUGGCAAA